AUGGCUUCCGUCCCGAGUGUGCAAUGCUUCGGCAAGAAGAAGACGGCUACUGCUGUCGCCCACUGCAAGCAAGGCAAGGGUCUCAUCAAGGUCAACGGCCAGCCCCUCUCCCUCGUCCAGCCUGAGAUCCUCCGCUUCAAGGUCUACGAGCCCGUUCUCAUCGUCGGAGCCGACAAAUUCGCCGGCGUCGAUAUCCGCGUCCGCGUCUCCGGUGGUGGUCACACCUCCCAGGUCUACGCCAUCCGUCAGGCCAUCGCCAAGUCCCUCGUUGCCUACUACCAGAAGUACGUCGACGAGCACUCCAAGAACCAGCUGAAGCAGGCUUUCGUUCAGUACGACCGCACACUCCUCGUUGCCGACAACCGCCGUGCGGAGCCCAAGAAGUUCGGUGGUCGCGGUGCCCGCGCCAGGUACCAGAAGUCUUACCGUUAA